GCGGCGCUGGACAUACUAUGGGGCGCGAAGGCCUUGGUGGUGGAAGAAGACGGAGAGUUGCGUCAGCGACGAGGCAAGCUGGAUGUCGCAGACGCGGCGUAUUUACUCUGUGCAUGGCGUUGCUCGGAUAGGAGUGGUAUUUCGCCGGUGGUGGUGCAGUUGGAGCUGGAUAUACUAUGGCAGGAAGAACAGCACUGCGCUCGACUACCGACGGCCGACGAAGACAGCGUCCUGCACAGGCGCAUCGCAAACUACUGCAACAAGGAGAAGAGCGCACGUUGUCGCAUGAUGCGAGCUGCGUAUCCGGCCGAUGUGGAGAGCAUUCAGGAAUUGAAGUUGGAUUGUUUGGAGGCCUCGGAUGACGGUGAUGGGUGUGUGAAGUGGAGAUCGGACGUAGAGAGGCAAAUGAUGCAGCCCAUCCCUGGGCGGCGUGAAGGUGAUGUGGUGAAGAGCUGUUUCGCGCCACUGGGCGCAGUACUGUUUGCUGGCGACGCACCCACUGUCGACGUGGACAUGGAUGGCGACACCGCCAUAGGCGGCGGAGAGGAGGAGGGCGACGUGGAGAAACCGUUACAGCGGUUUCAGUGUCGUUUGUGCGACUUCGGCGCUAUACUGGAGAAAGAGCCUUCUUGGAUCACGUUGGAGCAGCACAGCGGCGGCGCAGAUGAAAGUCGCGCACUCAUCGAGUAUCGGAAGAAG